GAAAAAAUCGACACUUCUUAGGAGUCGUGUUUCAAUUUAUUUAUCAUACUUCGACAGCAUUUAUUUAUGUGCACACUGUUGACAGUGAAGAGUGAAGCAAGCUGUCAGAAAUAAGCAUACGAAUGAAACAAUGAUGACUACCGAGCUAACGGCAGAACAAAUACGUCAAUAUCAUGACGAAGGGUACUUGGUGGUUGAGAACUUCGCGUCCGAUGAAGAAUGCCAAGCAUUAAAAGGACGCAUGGCGGAGCUCAUCUCGGACUGGAACGUAGAGGACACUUCCGUUUUUACAACUAAAGAGCAAGCCAGAACGAGUGAUGAUCACUUCAUGGACUCAGCUAACCGAAUAAGUUUCUUCCUAGAGGAGGACGCCGAAAAGAAUGGAAUGCUGCAAAAAGAUAAAUCACACGCUAUAAACAAGGCUGGGCAUGCCCUUCACAUUCAUGACCCCGUGUUUAAGAACUUCGUGCAGUCUGGUAAAGUGAGUUCGGCAGUGCACAAGAUGGGGUAUAAAUCACCAUCCCUGGUGCAGUCGAUGUACAUCUUCAAACAGCCAAAGAUUGGAGGCGAGGUCACUGAACAUCAAGACUCAUCUUUCCUGACGACCAACCCGCCGAGUUGCUUGGGCUUGUGGGUGGCGCUAGAAGAUGCGACACUAGAGAAUGGGUGUUUAUGGGGUAGACCAAAAAGCCAUAAGGGUGGGGUUUACUCCUACUUCACACGCAAUACCAAUCCGAAUUGGAAAGAAGACGGCGAAACUAGGAUGGUUAUGAAGCCGACCAGCACAGCACCAGACCCCAAAACGGAAGGUGAUUCAUACGUGCCCCUCAUGAUGAAAGCAGGGGACGCUGUUUUCCUGCACGGUGCUUUCAUGCAUAAGAGCUAUGCAAACAAAUCUGGGAAAGCACGACAUAGCUUCCAGUUGCAUUUAGUGGAAGGCCCGUCCGGUGGAGCGCAGUGGAGUGAAGGAAACUGGUUACAAUAUCCACCAGGCCAGUCAUUCGCACAAUUCGAGAACUACCCACAGGACAUUUAAAACAGAGCUGAGAAUGUAUUCGAUUUUCAAACUCACCACCGCAUAUUAGCUGGCGUGUUGCGAUAUAACGAGUCUGCUUCAUUAAUAUGCAGGUGUGGUUUAAAUCGAUAUUUUGAUAGAUUCGAGAGGUUUCGGCACUUUCGAAUAAAUAUAAACAGUGCUUUGGUC